AUGUUCCUGAGCAGUCUGGUUCCUGGAGCUGAGGUGGUUAAAGGAUUCAACACCCUGUCUGCCUGGGCUCUGCAGAAUGGACCACUGGCCGGGAAACAGAGAAAAGCCAAUAAGACCACUCCAUUUGACUUUGACAACACAGAGGCUUGGGGCACAGACUCCUUCUAUGUCCUGGGGAUCCUGGGCUUCUGUCUCUACGUCCUGUUGGGGAUCACCUCCUUGCCCUCUGUAGGAGCAGCUCUCAGCUGGACGGAGUUCAGCUUCGUACAGUCCAAGCUGGGUCACCUGACUCUGCUGUUAUGUACGGCUCACACCUACCUGUAUGGCUGGAACAAGUUCCUGCGUUCCUCCACCUACAAGUGGUACACCCCACCGGGCUACAUGCUGUGUCUGGUGCUUCCCUCUGUGGUGCUGCUGCUCAAGCUGCUGCUCAUCACCCCCUGUGUGGACCACACCGUCACCCGGAUACGCCAGGGCUGGGAGAGGGGCGGGGCAGGGGGGUAG